CUCAUUUCCAGGAAUGCAGAACACCGUCCGUCAGCCUUCAGCCAUGUUUCUGAACCUAGCGAUACGUGAAGGCGCCCUGUUCGAGAACGCCGUGGCGGAGCUUGUAGUAUGUGGAAUCGACAUGGGCACCCUGCGUUUUUUACCGGAAGGAAUGUCGCUCACGGUGGAAUCUCACUCACGGUGGAAUCUGAUGGUGGCAACGUAGUCGCUGCACUGCGUAUCCUCGCCAACGGCGGUGGUUGCGACAGGUUCCUCUGUUUGGAAUCUGCCUCUGCAACACUGAAUAUCACAAGCCUUCUCGAAAUUCUUUUCGAAGCAAAAAACGGAAAGAGUGCCCUAUCCAUUUCGAUCGACUCCCGUAACGAAAACAAGUCCGACGAACCCAACACCAGCGAGUUUAAGGACGUUUCGUCUCCCGCCACUCUAGCCGUUAGCAGGUUCGAUCCCCAUGAAAUAACCGGCCCUCUCGACGACUACUGCGAGAUGAAACUUGAAGUCAGCAAGGAAGCUGGAGAAAAUGCGCUUCUGAAAUUGGAUGAAUCAUAGUAUCAGACGUUGGCCGGAAUUUCACCUGCUGG